ACCAGGGGACUAGGAGAAGCGGAGGGCUGCAGGAACAACUAGUUAAUAUGGCAAGUAACCAGAGGCCUCCAUCAGCACGUCCUAUUUCACGGGCAGGCAUAGGUUCCCUUCCGAACAGACCUCCAAGUGGAAUUCGGGUUCCACCCACAGCAAGUAGGCUUGCAACAUCAAUGCCACCUGGUACUGCCAGACCAGGGACACGUGGUGGGCCUCCUGCAGCGGGCGGCGUUCUCUCAGCUCAAAUAAAAGUAGCCGACCGACCGGUCACCCAGCAGGGCCUUAGUGGAAUGAAAACUGGAAUGAAAGGUCCCCAAAGGCAGAUCAUGGACAAGUCUUACUUUCUUGGGCUCCUUAGGGGCAAACUCAGUGAACUUACUGCAGAAAUGACAAAACUGAAAAAAGAGAUUGAUACAUAUAAUCAGGAGAACUCUGUGUAUCUGUCCUACGAGAAAAGAGCUGAGGUUCUCGCUCAUGAAAUUAAGGAACAGCAGGGGCAGCUCGCUGACUACAAUAUGUUGGUAGACAAGCUGAAUACUAACACAGACAUGGAAGAAGUACUAAAUGACUAUAACAUGCUAAAAGCACAGAAUGAUCGGGAGGCCCAGAGCAUAGAUGUCAUUUUCACUGAGAGACAAGCAAAAGAAGAUCAGAUUCGAGCGGUGGAGGAGGACAUCGAACAUGAGAAACGAGCGGCUGAAGACAUUAUUAAAAACAUGCCAGAGGAGCGGCAAGCUAUAUACUUCACCGUGAAAGCAAAGAAUGAGCAGCUUUUAAAGGAGCUGGAGAUACAGCAGAAAGAACUAGAUUCACUGAAUGAGAAGAGGGACGCUCUGGAAGUGGAAAUGACACAUUCCCAGAUUAAACAGGAAGCCGUAUUGCUGCACGAGAAGCUUCACGAAUUAGAGACUCGUCGAGACCAAGCUAUUGCAGAAGAUAAGAAUAUGGGCUCUCCACAGGAGGAGAGAGAGAAGUUAUUGAAGCAGGUGAAAGAAGAUAAUCAGGAAAUAGCUAGUAUGGAGCGACAGUUAACGGAUAUUAAGGAAAAGACGAAGCAACUUAAUGAAGAACUUGGAAGGCUAGAUAUGGAUUUGGAGGAACACCAAGGGGAGAAGAAGCAAAAGUACAAAGAACUGAGAAAGCGAGAAGAAAGCAUGGACGGGUUUCUUUCUACUUUUGAAGAAAAUAAGAGUCAAGAGAUGGAGAGGAAGUCUGAGAUAGAAGCUAAUAUUGUUAUUCUACUGGAACACUCAAGCAGGAAUAUAAAUCGAAUGAAACAAAUCUCCUCGGUUACCUCUCAAGACCUCAAAAUUAUGCAAGAGGAUCUUACUUUUAAGGAAACUGAAAUGCAGAAAUCUCAGAGCACUGCAAAGAAUUUGACAUCUGAGAGCCAGCGUUUACAACAGGAUCUUCAGAAGGUGGAGCAGCUGGAAUCUAAGAUAAACAGCGAGAUGACAUCCCUGAAGGAGAAAAUCCAGCAAAUGUCUGAAGAAUUAAGAACAUACAGUGACUUGGAUGCCCUCAGGGCCUCAGCAGAAGACAAGAAAAAGAAACUCCAGGAAGAUAAAAUAAUUCUAACCAAACGCAGAGACACCUUUAAGAAGACGAUGGUACAACUGAAUGCGGAGAAUGAUAAACUGAAAUCCCAACUGCAGGAUAAUGAGACACACUCUCAGCUCACAAAUCUGGAACGAAAAUGGCAACAGCACGAGCAGAACAACUUUGUGAUGAAAGAAUUCAUAGCUUCAAAGAGCCAAGAGAGUGACUACAAGCAAGUGAUGAAGAAUGUAACUAAGCAGAUAGCAGAGUACAAUCAAACUCUUGUAGCUGCUCUGCAGAACUCCAGGAGCUGAGCUUUCUAGUUCACCAAUCAGACCACCGCACUCAUCUGAGCGCUGCCUCCUACUUACUGUUUAACGGCAUUCCGCCUAGCUGUUGUAGUUACUGCCGCUAUAGGUAGACAGCUUGCAGUUAAACAUUCAGCAAGUCGCGGACUCUCACAAAUCCCAUGUACUGUGUUUGAACUGGCUUGAUACAAAUCAUCUGAUAUAAUAGUCAUUUCCGUUUGUAAAGUUGACAAUGUAUAAAUGUAUACAAAAGAAUAAAUACAAAUUAUU